UUAGGAGGGGGUACGUAAGUAAAACUGAUUAAAAGCAGGAGGGGACCGGAGAAUCAGGAUUCGGAAAGUUUGAAGGAAAGUUUCUGAGUGGAACACUUUUAACAUGAUAACCUCGGGAGGCAAUUGCCUGGUGCAUUCAUAAGGCUGCUUUACUCAAGAGAUACUACUAGGGCUGUUUGGCAGUGCUAUGGAACUAUGAGUCACGAUUCUGUCUUUGUCAGAGUUAACCAGCAUAUCUCCCGAUUCCGGGCUGGAGAAAUGAUGUACUACAAGUUUAACGAAAUCUCUUAUUUAUUUUCAAUUGACUGAGGAAGAUUUACCGAUACAAACGUCAUCAAACUGGAAAUAUUCUACGAACUUUGGAGUUACAAAUGAAGAUGUCAGUGGUGUAUUUACAUUGAAUACUUUAAAAGUCAACACCGUCACGUAUAUCGGGAUAAAAAAACGGGACAGAAUUUUUUUUUUGUUUUUUUUACAAAAUGUGCUGAAUUACUAACAGUACAAUUAGUUUCUAAUUAAACACAAAGUCAGUGAAAUGAUGUUAUCACCAAAGGACUGUGGAACAAAGUUAAUUAUCACAGAUAAUAAAAUAGCAACAAUCAGAUCCCAGAAAAUGAAUAUGGGGUGACUCUCGUGGAAGGAGCAAAACUUGAGAAGAAGAAUAGAAUGUGUUGAUAUGGAAGGAUCUUUGUUUAUUCAGCAUGGCGUAUGACUUUAUAUUCUCACUGGUAUCCUUCACUUAUUCUUCAGGACAACACCGGUUAGUAUUGAUAAAUGGAGGUUAAAAAUAUAGCUGUUUUCAGGGGAAAAAUAUUUAAUUUUCUUUGAAAUUAUUCAAAUUAUCGCUAUCCAUGGGAAAUACAGAAGAUAUAUGCAUGGAGAUAAAAAACCAAAUAUUGACUGACAUCACUAAGUGUUACACAAUGAAUUGUCAGCUAGGUACCGUUAACAGUAUCAUGAAAUGUUUGACAACUGCAUAUAACAAUUAACAUCUCCUGACAGUUGUGAUAUUAAUGUUUCCAUGAAGACAGAUAUUAAGCUGUUUCACCUCCCAGACAGGAAAUGUCCUGAAAGUUUCCACAAUUUUUUUUCAAUCAUGUAACAGAAUAUGUGUAAUAAAUCUAUGACAAGGAGAUAAGGAUUGACAGGAGAAAUUGAAAUGUGACGACCUCAGGUCAUUUACUGCAUGACCACUGACCUGUGGUCAGGGAAAAUAUUGUCUUAAGGUGGUGUGAAAAAUGAUGUCAGAUUACCAGGUUUAUUAACGGGACUAGCUACCACCUCUGACCCUAACCACUGUCAUGUGUGCGAUCAGCCGUGGAAACAAGACAAAGGAGUACAAUAGAUGACUGAUGGACCAUGGUCACACUUCAUUAGACACCAUUUUCAUGCAUGAUUAGCUGAUCACUGAGGACUUUAUUCAUUGUUAUAACAGUACAGGUGAAAUGCCCAAUCUCUAAAAUCUGUGAAAUUUUCCAUCAUUGUUUGAAAAACAGGCGUAAGGAAUACAAGUGAUUUUACAAAGGAAAUUUCUGAGGAAGUGAUUUUGUAAAGAAAAAUUCUUGGAAAGAUUUCCUGGAUUAUAUAUGUGUAUAAAGGAACUAAAAAUGUGAUAUAUAUUUGUGACAAUAUUGAUUUAAUUCACACAAUUAACCAUACAACUUCAUGUUCAGCUUUAUUUGUGAAAUUUGUUAAUAGAUUCUAUAAGUAAUAAUAUCAGAAAUACAAGAGUGAUCUCCCCUUGUAUUUUGUUUGUUUGUUUUGGAGUUAAACAUGACCAAACUAAAGAAAAGGUGGAUACUUUUCUUUGAGGAUUUUACAAAUUUUGCGCCAAUUUUAAUUUUUCUACUACAAAUGUUUGAAAGCUCUCGAGCUUCUACAACAUCACGGACCCCAAUUCAACCCCCACCACGAAAUUACGAAGGUCAAGUACCUUGGCAACGAAGGUCAUCACCACAGCAACCAUGGAACCAAGACCCUAAAAAUGUUGGAAACACAAACCAGGACAUUCCGUGGGAACAGGAACAGCUGCUUCCCAUGCAGGGGUACCAAGGUCGUAACCAAGGUCGUUACCAAGGACGUAACCAAGGUAAAUCUCCAAGGUCAUUCAUGAAAUUCUACCCAGAUGCUCUGGAGAAAAGUCCACCAUCCAACCAAGACCAGAGUCGAGGUAUUCAACCAGUCAACAGUAAAUUGGAUGUGGAAGCCAUCCGACGGGAAAUGUCUAACACAGCUAUAAGUCUACAGGAGGCAAAACAAAAUAACACAGACAGGAUGUCCCAAACAACAAGGGGAGAUAACUCACAAAGAAAGCAGACAGAUUGGACCAGUGAAAGGAGAGGCCCAGCAACACCAACUCCAUACUGGAAUGACAGGAGAUAUGAAGGACCCUACAGAGGACAGGGACGUCCCUACAGAAGGGACCAAAGGCCAUACCCUGAUGAACGAUACAGUAGAAAUAGAUUCAGGUCCCCAACUUAUCCUCCUCCAACUUACCCCCCUCCAAACAACCGAGGGGGCCGGUGGGAACAGGCCCGAGGAAGCCCCCCAGAUCCCAGGGGCUGGGACAGGAGAGAGCCUUAUAACAGGCAGGAAGGGGGCUAUCCUAACCACAGGGGCAGCCAAGGAACAGGUGGAAGGGGACGAAACGGGGCCGGAAGUGGUGUAGGAAGUGGCCAUCUUAUGAUGGUGGACCCAGAUCUACCAGAUCCCAUUGAUGACCACUGGCAGAGGAUGCAGACUCAUAAAGCCUGGGAAAUGAUGACUGGUGGGUCGGGUCAUGGACCAGGCCUGCCUCCACUUGUACCUCCAAGAAGGUGGGGUGACCGCGGCGUAGUACCCGGGGGACCUACCACUCCGCCCUGGCCCAACAUGGAUAAGAGGAAGCCCAAAAAUACAGGGAGGGCCAAGAUCUGGGCUGAGGAAGGUUCUGGAUUUGUGGGUGGAGGAUCCGGAAGGGGUCAGAUUUGGAAUGAGCAAUGGCCGUCACAGCCGAACGGAACUCAACUGUUAAAUGCGACAGUUAACAAUCCUACAAACAUCACUGGGAACAGCACUCCAUCCAUGAAUGAGUUCCAAAGGAACACAGGUCGAUCUCCACAGACAAGAAUCCCACUACCGCCACCAACUGAUCUCCUAAAUAAUAACCCCUUCCAACACCAAAUGUCACAGCACCCUAGGGACAAGUGGGAUUACAGGAUGCAACAAUUAGCUGCUUGGGAAAGACAGCAACGUACUGGAGGUCGACCGUUUCCUUAUGAACAAGAGGUAAAGCGAGAGCGGGAAGAAGAGAGGUCAAGAGGUCAAACAACCUGGCCAUAUCAGGCAAGGACAAAUCUGAGGACAAGGGCUGGAUCAGGAGUUGUGAGGUCAGGGGUCAGCAUUCCUGACCAAGGCAGUGGACGGCCACCGAUAAAGCUAUCAGACCUGAGUCCGUCUCUUGCCGGUAUUCUCGGCAACAUGACACAAAACCCGACACAGACAGGAUGGGUCGCCAGAAAUAACCCCGAUAGCCCAGCCAUGACACAUACUUUCCCACCUCACCAGGAAAACCCAGACAGGAGAAACAGAUUCACAAACAUACCCAGGCAAGGGGAACAACUCCAACCACCUAACAUUCCAAUGCAGCCAUAUACAGGCACUGGCGGCCAGAGGGCUUUCUUAGGUGGAGAAAAUAAGACCAAGGCAGACAAUCAGACAGACCCGGACGGACCUGUAGUUGGAGAGGGACAACAACAACUAUCACAUGAUGGGUCAAUGCUUGGCCCGAUCCUCGCUCGCGCUAAAAUGCAAGGUUUUGACACUGAUCAUGAACAAGAGUCUGAGCUCGAGUCGGAGGACAGCCGGCUACGGAAGAUCAUUGUUGGGACGUAUAUGGAGAAAUUAGCCGUGAAAGAUGGCGAGGGAGGCUCUGGGUACGAUCCUUUCCAGGCCGCUAUGGCAGAUAUUAAUUCUACCCUCUGGUCAACCCUGAGAAACAUAUCGCGUAAAAGGGGCCGGGGUGAUCUGGGGUGGAUGGGAAGCCAUGAUAUUUCUCCUAUGAAAUCUGGCGCAGCCUGGAUCCCGACAGGCAGACAGAGGAUAGCAGGUCGUCCACAACAGUCAAUGACAACACAAGGUCAAAGGCAAGAUGGCGGAUUCCAGAGAAGGCUUUUACCAACAAAUCCAGAAUCGGGAGUUAUUCCACACAUGGACACAGUGUUACAAACACCUACCAGAAUGCCAACAGUUACUGGUAGAGGUCUGAACCCUUUGUUAGUAAGGGGAGGUAACUCUGGUACUCCCAGGACGGGUCAGCAGCCACCACAAUGGCCACAGUAUAAUCAAGGACAAGCCAGUCCGCCUUCCAGACCAUCAUACAAUCCGCAUAAUCCUCAGAAGGUGUUUGUUCCUCAGAACGUGUAUCCUCGGACACAAAAUCCACAGGUAUAUGACCCCAGACAAGUGUACGAUGUUCAAAGUCAGGUCAAGGUCACAGAAGCGCCCCCUAUGACACCUUCACCCGAUACGAACGACCAGAAUCAAAACAACGACCAGAAUGAGAUAGAAGAACUCUUGCCAGUGGGCACCAAAAUUCUUCCAAAACACAUUCCAAAAAUUCUAGCCAUUCUCAAUGUUACAGUUCCCAACACAACCCCUCGUGUUCUUGUCGCGUCUCAAAUGGACGGCGUACGACCGGGAAACAAUAAUGAACCUGCGCGUAUGGUCAACAUUCCACAGCCAACAGAGGAGAUACAAACAGCCACGGAGUUCCUUCAAGUUUCAACGGCAAGAACCAUAACUACCGAGAGUACGUCAUCUGCGUUCGGUAUAAUCAUCGCGUGUCUGGUUGCCUGUGCUGUAGUCGUAGGCCCUGGUAUAUGUAUAGGAUGUAGGAUGAGACAACGCUCCAAACAGCGGGAACGAAAGAAAGCCGCAGCGGCGGCCACACGAAACGAGGAAAGUGGCAUCAUGGAGGCAAUUAUUAUGAGUGAAUUAGGCCGCAGUGCUCUUAACCGUGAAGACUGUGAAAUCAAUGGAACACGACCAAAAAGUAGGUCAGAGCGUGGAACAUUUCAUGAGCUUCAAAACUUACGGUCAGGUCGAGAAUCACCCACAAUAAUCGUGCAUUAACGUGUGUUUUAUUCCACGUUUCAAUAUUUAUGUGAUAAAAAAAAAUGUUUUACUGAUAAUUUGGACUUUUUUUUAUGGAUUUAAGGAAGAUAAAAAUUCCUUUAGUGCCUUGAAACUUAUUUAUAGUCUUGUGGUAAUAUAUUUUUCUAACAAACAUUUGGAGGUUCACCAUCUUGUAUUUCAAUGUGUGCAAACUGGAAAGGUUGCCAUUAUUCAAUUGCUCACAUUCUAAGUGUUUAGAAGUUUUCAUUCAAAAGCAGAAAUUAUGAAAAAUUCCAUAAUUUUAUCAAUUUCAUUUUGAGGAUAUCUGUUUUUUAAUAUUUUAUUCUGUUCUUGAAAACAGCAAAAUUCUUAAAAUUUGCCAUUAAGGCACCAGAGAUCAUAAUCACAAAUGAUUUCAAUGAUAAAUAAUAAAUUCUUUAAUACACAGAUAUCAAUGCCUAUGGUGGAAAAUUUAACAUUAUGUCUCUAAGAUUGACUGAUCAAAUCAGACAAGAUUAUCUCCCCUUGUCAAUGUUGUUUAACAUCAUGUCAUCCUAGAUGACCAGUGAAAUAUCAUUUAUCAUUAUAAAGCUUAUCCUCAUGUACAAAUGACAGAUUAUUUCUAAACAUUAACAUGACAUUGAUCAACUUAUGACAAAGGGAGAUAAAUCAUAACAGACAUAAUGUUACAAUAUCAUAAUACUGAUAUCAUGAGGUUGCAUAUAAUGUAAAUGAUUUUAAAUGAAUUUACUACAGUGUAAGAUAUAAAAUCUUACCAGCUUA